GGCAGGUGCAGGGAAGAGCUGACGUUCAGGGACCCCGGCCGACAGCUCUUCCUGGAGGGACCACAGCAUCACAAUUGUCACAGGUGCCAACCCCAUCCGAAUAUUUAUCACGUGCAUAUAGUGCUUUCAGGUUGACACACACAUUAUCUCAUGGCUUAAGGGAGCUAAGUGUAUUGAUGUGUGAAGAGCUUUCUGACUCCACCCAGACCUCGGCCUGCUGGGAAGGUGAGCCAGGCAAUGUGAUAAGCCUCAGGGAGGCAAAGUCCCCCUUCCAACCACACGUAUGGUCACUGUUCCCAGGAAAGGGAGAGCACACUUGCUCAGAGCUGGGCAUCUGGGUGGUAGUUGGACCCUUGGGGGUCUGUGUCCAGUCCAUCCCUGCAACAGCCCACAGAGCCUGUAGCUGGGAAGCACUGGCCUCCAGGCCAGAUAACCUGCUGUGUUCCUGGAGGCCCCUUCCUCCUGAAAGAACUUUAGACUUUGGAGCUGUCAGUUGAGCUGGGCCAUGGGAGCUCAGAGGGUUGGCAGGUGGUGAAGGAAAGGUGGGAGCACCGCAGAGACCACCUGCUGCCCAGUCAAGACUCAGCAUGGAGUCAAGGGCAGCCCAAGUGCGGAAGAGAGCCGGGUCUCGAAGAAGACAGGAGCACCCACCCUCUGGAGAAGGAAACUCAGAGGUGCAUGGAGGCCCUGACUUGGUGCAAUGGACCAAACAUAUGGAGGUUGUGAAGAUGCAGCUGCUGGAGCAAGCACAGAGACAGCUGCUGGAGCUGCUGGAUCAGGCCAUAUCUGAGGCCGUACAAUCCUACACACCACAAGGCAAACGUCUGCCUACCAUUCCCCCAGAUUCCUUGAGCAAGACCCAGGAGCCACCCUUGAGGAAACGGAAAGUUUUUGUCAUCCGAGAGUCCCUGCUUGAUGAGCUGAUGAAGGUGCAGCAUUUCCGGACCAUCUACCACAUGUUCAUUGCCGGCCUGUUUGUCUUCAUUAUCAGCACCCUGGCCAUCGACUUCAUUGACGAGGGCAGGCUGCUGUUGGAGUUUGACCUAUUGAUCUUCAGCUUCGGACAGCUGCCCUUGGCUCUGAUGGCAUGGGUCCCCAUGUUCCUGUCCACUCUGCUGGCACCCUACCAGUCCCUCCGUCUGUGGGCGAGGUCCCAGGCCGCAGGGGCCUGGACGCUGGGGGCAGGCCUCGGCUGCGUGCUGCUGGCCGCUCACGCUGCAGUACUUGGCAUACUCCCAGUCCAUGUGGCUGCCAAGUAUCAGCUCCCUCCUGCCUCCAGCUGCAUCCUCGUCUUUGAGCAGGUCAGACUCCUGAUGAAAAGCUACUCCUUCCUGAGAGAGACUGUGCCUGGUAUCCUUUGUGCCCGAGGAGGUGAGGGGAUCCAGGCCCCCAGUUUCUCCAGCUACCUCUAUUUCCUCUUCUGCCCCACACUCAUCUAUAGGGAGACUUACCCCAGGACACCCAACAUCAGGUGGAAUUACGUGGCCAAGAACUUUGCUCAGGCACUGGGCUGCAUCCUCUAUGCCUGUUUCAUCCUGGGCCGCCUCUGUGUUCCUGUCUUUGCCAACAUGAGCCGGGAGCCCUUCAGCAUCCGUGCCCUGGUGCUCUCCGUCAUGCACGCCACAUUGCCAGGCAUCUUUAUGCUGCUGCUCAUCUUCUUCGCCUUCCUCCACUGCUGGCUCAACGCCUUUGCAGAGAUGCUACGAUUUGGAGAUAGGAUGUUCUACCGGGACUGGUGGAACUCCACAUCCUUCUCCAACUACUACCGCACUUGGAACGUGGUGGUCCAUGACUGGCUGUACAGCUAUAUAUAUCAAGAUGGGCUGUGGCUCCUCGGAGGCCAGGCCCGCGGGGCAGCAAUGCUGGGCGUGUUCGUGGUCUCUGCAGUUGUCCACGAAUACAUCUUCUGCUUUGUCCUGGGCUUCUUCUACCCUGUCAUGCUGAUACUCUUCCUUGCCUUUGGAGGACCAAUGAACUUCAUGAUGCAUGACCAGCACACUGGGCCAGCGUGGAAUGUGCUGAUGUGGACCAUGCUGUUUCUGGGCCAGGGCAUCCAGGUCAGCCUGUACUGCCAGGAGUGGUAUGCACGGCAGCACUGCCCCCUGUCCCAGACAACCUUCUGGGAGCUGGUGACACCUCGAUCUUGGUCCUGCUACACUUAGAGGUCUGUGCACUCCCACUGCCCUGAUAGUACCACCAAGUUCUUUUCUGCCUGCAAAGCCUGGGACCAGGACUCAUCUCUCUGCACUUUAAGACCUAGUUCCGAGGCAAGGGGACUCAGCAUGCAUGACCCCUCCAGAGAACUCCAGAGACUGAGAUCUGUGGGCCUGCAGGAAGCUGAGCGCAGACUCAGAGUGGUGCUGGCCCUUGGGCCUCUGCCCCCAUAAACUGGGCACAGGGCCCCCUCCCACUCCAUGUCUGUCCAGACUUGAGGACACUCGAAGGACCUCACAUAUUUGGUGACUGUGGGGAGGCUUAGUGAGACCUGGGACCACAAAGGUCUGAGAAGGGUUUAGGGGUGUUUUUUUGUAUUUCCAAUUCAAUAAUAAAC